ACUUCACUGCGGUCGCCAUUUGCGCCACGAACGCUGGUAGAUCGUCUUGUGUGUAAAAUUGUGGAAUUGGAGGUUAUAGUGCUAAUUUACUAGUUAAUAGUGCAUUAAAAUUAUCAAAAACAGUUUGAAGCAAGUCAAUUGAGUGUUCAAUGUCUCGUAAGCACGAAAAGUGUUUCGAAUGAUUGCCGGGAACCCCAGAAAUGAAGAUAGUCAGGACACAUACAAAUUCAACUAGAAAUCUUAUGACAGCAGUGCCUCUAACAAACCAAACCAAUUAUUUUUAAAUCUAAAUCUAAACCUUUUUAAAUUAAGUGACAUUGUGCCAGUAUUUAAGCCGUAUUAAAAAUUAAGUAGUUUAUGGUUAGUUUUUUUGUAAACUGAGUGUUGCCAGUAUGAAAAUUCCGGAGACUUCAGCUAAUGUUGGUGCUUAUUAUGGGAAUGAGGAAAAUGGACAGUGGCAGCCAAACGGAGUUAUAAUUGACAGCGGAGUGCCCGGUGGAGUAGUCGGCAGUGGAGACGGUCUGCACCCUCAGCCUGUAUACCCUGUGCACAUACCAAGGGGACAUAUACCUGGCUACGUGAUGGCGGGUGCGUACUACGCGGGCGCGGGCUACGGCGCUGCGCCGGCGCCGCCCGACGACUUCGCCGACUACAUGUGGAUGGAGAACGAAGAGGAGUUCGACAAGCAGGCUGUGGUUCCGCAGGUGAUGCAGCAGCUGGAGGAGGAGGCGCUCAUGGAGCAGUGCAUAGAGGCCAUGCUGGAGGACGAGCAGCGGGAGCUCGAGAGGCACAACCCCCACUACCCCACGACGAGUAACGGCAACCCGUCGCUAUCCCUGGAAGAGACUGUGUCCCGCUCCACGCUCAACCCCCUCGCCGCCGAGUUCGUGCCCACCUUCGUGCCCCGGGGCGCUCGCACAGAAGAAAAGAAAGUAGCAGAAGUAAAGAGCACAGAAGAGACACAGAAAGAGCCCAGCGAAGGAACGGAAGAGGCGCCACAGGUCACGGAAGAAGUCAAAACAGAAGAGCCCCUCCCCCCCGUAGACCCGCCGGAAGUGAGCGCGGCCGACGUCCAACCCAUAGACAAGAAACGUGACAGCAAAAAGGAUAGUAAAACGAAACCGGAAACUAAGAAACCGAUUAAAGUGGACCCUAAGAAGACCAGCAAACCUGCUGUCGUCAAAUCAGAAACUAAGGUUCAGCCCAAAAAGAAGGAAGUGAAAGCAGUGAAGAGUGAGCCGAGGUUAGAAGAGAGGGAGAAAGAAGACGCGCCAGUCGUCGUGGCCGAGCUGCCUAAGGUGGCCCCCGCGGCCCCCGCCCCCGCCCCCGCGGCCCCGACGCCGGAGGAGCCGGCGGGCCCCAAGCCCAUCAACUACGCGGCCGCCGCGCGCGCCAACAAGCCCCGCGCCGCGCCCGCGCCCGCGCCCGCCCCCGCCCCCGCGCCCGCCAACACCAAGAAACCCAACGUGCAGAGGAAAAACAGCGCCAAGUAACACCCCCCACGCACAGUGACCCCACACACCGGUGGACGCAAUGUCAUCGCCAUGUAAAAACACCAUUCUAAAGAGGACCCUCCGCCGUUUACAAUAAAGUAGAAAAUUCUAUUUCGCUUCUGCGACGAUGUAAAUUCCUUUAGGAUUUUUGUUGUAGAAAAUUGGGGUCUACAGGGGUUUAUUCAGAAAUGAACCUUGUACGGUCUUGAUUAAAGUGGCAAAUGGAACGACGAGAAUUUAGGAGUCGUUUUAUAACUCGUGUAUAAUGUUAUGUGUAUAGGUUUGCUUCUAAUACAAAGUUCAGUAGAAAUGGCUAAAAAUGUGAUUUAUACCUUUAUAUAAUUAUUUUAAAAUAAAUUCUAGUUAUUCAUAUUAAUGACUAGUAACUUAACAGUAAAGGGUAUACAUAAGAUUCUAGCGUACUAGAGAUUGAAUUUUUUUUUAGAAAUUUCUAUUGAACACUGUUUUAGACGAAUCAUUAGUGAAUAAAUAUCACGAACAUCUAUAUUAUUAACGAAAGUGACAAUAUACACCGAGUUUUUGAAAUGUUAGGCUGUCUUACCGUGCUGAAUUCCAAAAUAAGUCAUAUUAACACAAAUUAUUCUGACUUAUUUUCUUACAAAACAAGGUACGUUUUAGGGAUAGAUUUAAAAGUCAAUUUUUACAGUUAUCACGAACUGAAAUUGUGUGAAAAUUGUAACUACAAAUUUUAAUGGGGAAUCAAGUUGGCAUAGCUGUUUGAGCAACCCACUGCAGCGUACAAACGGCAACACUCCUGUCCAUCGGUGGACCUUAUUCCUUUUAUAAUAAGGUCCACCGAUAGACAGUCAACAGUGUGGGCGAUAGUACGAACACGCAUGUUUUAAAAUCUAUUCGUACGGUCGUCCCACAGUAUAUACUCGUACAUAUUGUUGUGAGUUUUGACGGCGGCCUCUCCGCUGAGGCGUCUAGGAAUCUCUUCUCCGCUUCGGUGAAGUAUAACUAAUGGUAUUUGUUGAUUCCGCUCAACUACGCCUCAGAGUAAAGACAGCCUAAGGCGAGACUUAAUACUUGAGCCAUAAAGCCUGGAGUCUUUGAGACCAGGCAUAACUCGCAACUAUAUAUGGUCAUUCUAAUUUGUGCCUGCCUUUAAACUCCGUCAAACCAUACUAAAUGUAUGAAAAGUUUGACGGAGUCGAGUCUGACCGCAGUCAUAUAAUUUGAGAAUGACCGACAUGAUACAUAUUUGUGAUGCAGUGGGCGCCUUUAAUGUCACACAGACUAUGACGACCUUGGAGUGGUAUGAAUAUCUUGGACUAUAUGUUAAGUUGUUAUUAAGAUAUAUUUUAUUAAUAUGAUUAGUAUUUUUUUUUUCGGGAAAUAUAAAAUAAAAAAUAUUUUUCGUUGAGUUGGAAAUUUUGGUGUAAAAAAAUGGGUUAUUACCACUCACAAGUGUAUUAAAAUAAUGUUUGACAUAUUUAUGAAAAUUGGCUUGUUGACUACAUCCAAGAAAAAUUAGAUUAAUCAGUGAGAAAAAUUUGUUUGGUAUAGAUUCAUAGUUAUGCUGAUACAAAGACAUGUUAGGUCAACAAAAGAUGAAUCCACUAGAUUUUAAUGUGGAGGGAGAUUUUAUUUUAAAUUAUACACUAAACUUUUUUUGACAAGUUUGGGAAUUUUUAUGUUAUUUAUACCCGAAAAUCAUAAUCUUUCGAUCGUAAUAGGAGAAAAAAAAAACUGUGACGGAAUUAUUUACAAAUAUGUGUACCACUUUAAAUAAGUGUAUUCUCAGAAUCAGAAUUUUAUUAUGCUUCAAAAUGGGUACAUGAAAAGGGGUCAUCUAUUAAUUACGUCACACGUUUAGUGGGUAGGAGGGGGUCAAGAAAAUGUGAAAUGAGGGCGUCAUAAACUUUGUGACGUCACUUUUACUUCAUUUGUAGCUGAGAAUUGGAUUUUUUUUAUAUUCCCGAUUCAGCUAAAUAACUAGUUCUUGCAACGAUAUUUCGUUUUUAUUCGUCAUUUUUUUAUUCCUAAUCGAUUUCGUGCCGUAAAAUUUCUAGUAUCACUAUUAUAUUCAAAAUGUAUUUAAUUAAAAUAAACGUAAAAUAAUAAUACUUCAUUCGAAUUGCUGAUUUCGUCGAAAACAUGAUUGCUAGGUAUGUGACGUCAUACGUGGGGAAAGGGGGUUGCCAAAUGUGACCAGAUGUGACAAGGAAGGGGGAGAAAAAAAUCAUGAGUCGUGUGAUGUAAUUUAUGGAUGACCCCAAAUACGUACAUAAAAAAAAAUCAUAAGGACUUGCGUCUAUCAGACUAAGUUUUCAAGCACUCGUGUUAGUGGUUUUGGCCUUUUAAAAAUGUACAGCCUUUAAGUAUAGUGUGAAAGAGCAAGACCAAAAUAAGUUGGCAGCGAUUUUGCAAGUGUUAAGUAAACGUCAUAAUUUCAUAGAAGAUUGACGUUUAAAAUAACACUUGCACUGUCUAGGCUGCCAAAAUCGCUCCCAACUUAUCUUGGUCAGACUCUAGUACGGUAAUUUUAAUAGUAUGUGAUAUUUCUUGUUACUGCCGAGUCCGACCUGUUUUGCGUGUUGGUGUUGUGUGUUGUUUUAGCACGAUUUUAGGUCAAUAAUGUGCUUGCAUAGUGUAGUUAAAUGGUGUGUGAUUUCCCAAAUCCACUUUAGCAAGCGUUGGGACAGACCUGACUCUCUUAAAGAAAGGCCUGUGCAGCAGUGGGACGUUUGGGAUACUAUUGGGGCUGCAAGGUGUUUAUUAAAUUGCCACAAAAAAGCAACAUUGAAAUGCAUUAGAAAAAUAAUACAAUUAGUAUACCUAGAUUGGUGGAGGUAUUUAAAUUUUGAAAGUGUGUGAUUGACUCACAUUAAAAAAAAAACACGCGUAAAAUGCAAAAUGGAACGGGCUCGCGGUAUUCUUGCAUUUUUCUUUGAAGGAGGAACGGAAAAAAAAAUAAAAAAAAAUAAUGUAUAAAAAGUCCUUAUUAUUAAUAAAAUAAUUAGCAAAACGAUAUGUGAAUAUAAUAUUAGUUUAAAAAAUAUAUUUUAGCAUGAGAUUUUUAUUAGGAGAAAUAAUGUCUUAGAUACCAGACAUGUUGCAAGCCUAUUUACAUUAAAUUCUUUUUAAUCCCCGAAUUAUUGCUUCGAAGCAAAAAAUAUUUCUAAAGCUUCAUAUGUCACAAACGUCAUAUUUCUUCUAAUAAAUAUCGCACCAAAUAGCCUAUAAAAUUAAGGCUGUCCAUAACGUUAGUUUGUAAAACAAUUAAAAAUAUUCGUGUACAUUGAAUGAAAAUUAUUAAAAAAAGGUUCAUUUUUAGCACACCGGGCGACUAGGUACCAAACCUUACAUACAUAUUGUCAACAAAACUUCUUAUCUUACUAUAAUUGUAAAAAAAUCUAGCGUUUAAAAGCAAUAUAAUAUUGGCCUAAUAUAAAAUUUUGUAAUUUGAUCGAAAUGAUUCACCUAUAGUGUGUUAGAUCAUUCACGUGUCGUGCCCAGAAAAAGAGAUCUCAGGUGCUAACCAUUAUUAGCAAUAAAUUGUGCAACACGGCACCUUUUCUUUACGAACGACACAUUUAUAAUAAAAUUAUUUUAACGGGUUAUUCACGCAGCCUAACGUGUACUGCAAUACGCGUCGCACACACGCUAGAGACGGUGCUCCACUUGAAGAAACGGUCAAAACGGAUCGAUACAUGUCGCGCAAUUUUCGACUUAAAAACGUGAGUGACCCGUUUUAAUAUAUUUGGUGUAUUCUCAUUUGUCCCCGCCGGGCACGGAUGGGAACAGGUGCAUUCAUAUGAAUUCUCAUCUGGUGUCAAGUAUGGCGGCGGUCACAUGGGUCGGGGACAAAUAGGAAUAUAUUUAAUAUGUUCAAGUUUUACAGAAGUUUUGUUAUAACAACACAAUAUAAGGGUCAUUCUCCAGAUGUGCCUUCGUCUAAACUCCGUCAAACCAUACUAAAUAUAUGAAAAGUUUGACGGAGUCGAGUCUGACCGCAGUCAUAUAAUUUGAUGACCCAUAAGGUACCUAGAUGUCGCGCCGGUUCAGUAGAAGAUACCUCUAGGGUAGACGUGUGUUAUUUUUAAAAAGACAGGGUUAGCAUGUAAAUUGUGUGUAUGUACGAGGCGAAAUUAAAAGGGCCUGGAGAAACGUCGCCAUUUGCAUUUUUUUAAACUGAAAGUGACAAAGGAAUAAAGUUAUAUUUAAAUAUCCCACUGUACUGUAUUAACUUUGUCUGUAUAUAAAAUGUUUCACUGCCAUGCCACUAAUGAUAUCGUAUACCUAAACUAUAUAAUUUGGAGCAAUGACAUUAUUUGUGCGUUGUUUCAAUUUUAAGAUAAUCAGUUCUCGAAAACUUCUCUAACCAUUUUGAUAAAACUUGCAGCAUAAAAACCGAAAACCUGAGAUUGCUUGGUCGCCUAGAUGAUAAACAUCAUCAAACGAAAUUGUUACAACUGGCGAUAUUUCUCCAAUGCCUUGCAAAUUCUGAUUUAUUCCUUUAUUAUUGAUCGGGAAUCUAAUUUUAAAAUUAAGUUGAUGAUAGUUUAAAAAUAAUUCUUUAAAUUAUGUAGUUUCCUCUAGAUAUACUGACUAUGUUAUUAUCGUAUAUUUAUAUUUCAUGUGUGUAUGUGAUACGAAAAUCUGUAAAUAUUGUACUAAAUAUAUCUGAUGAUGGUGUUGGGACAGUCAUAAAUAUGUAUACAAUAUGUACCUUCCAUUGAAAUAAGGUGCGUACUGCCACAUAAUAUAGGGUAAAGGCGCCAGUGUUCAGACCUAUAGUCAGCUUGUUUAAGUGAUUUUUUUUUAAUUAUACACUGAUCUGUGAUUGGCCCUAGUCACACCUGAUGGAAAGUGAAGACAGGGCCUAAGAUGGAGCUCACCGGUUCAGUAGUAGCCUAUUCACUCUUCCUUUAAAGAGAUCGAGGUCAUAUUUAUUAGGGAGUACAGAUGGCGGGAGCGUAUUCCAUUCUUUAGCCGUCCGUACGAAAAGGGAUGAAGUUAUUUAGUUUUAUGAAUCACUUAAAAUUGCUACAAUAUAGAAAAGCUUCAAGUGGCAGGCUGUUGACUCCCGGCCGAUUACUACAUUUAGGUUUAGGUUUACUACAUUUAAAUUUGAUUAAUUGAAAUAGAAUGGAAAUAAACUAUUUUAUAGGUAAAAAACUUAAGUAAGUCACCUGUUGUAUGUAGUUGUGACGUGUUCAAAUAGACAAUACAUGUUUAAAAGACACACACAAACAAAACAAAUGUCUAUUCGAACACGUCGCAACUACAUACAACAGGUGACUUACUUAAGUUUUUUACCUGUAACUGAUUUUAUCGCGUUGCUGUCUUACCACUAGUGCUUUACCAAAUGCCAUAAGUGAUCUAAUAUACACAGUGGGUCCUGCUUUUGAUCCUCUCAGUCUUCGGUUGGGCAUAAGCACUAUGUCGUUUUCAAGCCAAAUGUAACUUAUUUUCGGUUUUCAAUAAGGCAUUAUUGUCUAAAAUGCAAUUAAAAAUUGUUAUCAAUUGAUUGAAAACCACACAUAUGUGAUGUUUCAUGUAAAAAGGGGGUCUAGGGCAAUUGACGCUUACGGAUUUGAUAAUAAACGUAUUAACCGCUGCCUGGUCCCUUUACAUGAGGCUUGACACAAAUAUUUUUUGUAUCACAGACACACGCGGUCAGAGCUCAUUGUUUGUUUAAGUUUAAUAUUUUAAUUAUUAUAAUAUAUUUAAAUUAUAUGUCACAACUAUCCAAUAGGCAUGCUCUGUUGUUUUUGAGAUUAUGAAAAAGUGACAAAAGUGAAACGAGUUAUAUCGCGUGUAAAAAUAAUAAUCCGACAGUAAAAAUAAAUAAAAAAUGAAUUUUGAUACCUAAGAGACAGAAGGGGAGUCCCUUCUGUCCCCGCUCUACGUAAGAGGUGGGGACAUGUGAGAAUUCUUCGGGUACAGUACGGAAUACUUUCAAUUCCAUAUGUGACCAAUGUGACCAUGGGGACAGAUGAUAAUUAUAUUAUUUUAUUCCAUUUGUCCGUGUGAACCAGUGGGAAUAUUAACGCAAUUAAAAUUAAGUAAUACACGCGAUGUUAAUUUUUUAACGUUUUAUAACAGAUACACUUGCAAAAUUGAAUUGUACAUUAUUCGGACUGAUUCAUAUAAAUAAAUGUUUAGUUUGACGACUCGCUUUCCUAGCCUAGUUGUAUGAGUAGUUAAUGGUGCCAGCAUAUAGGGAGCCUGCAUGAACUGUAGAGGGCAGCACAGGAGCCCCCUGCUUUAUGCGAAGUGUGUUUUAAGGUGUUGCCAGAUCUUACAGACGUAUACUUCGGUGGUAGAAACACAAUGGUGGUGUGCAAGUUCUUUUAAAGAUAUUGCCGCUACGGUCGAAUUGCCGUUUUGUACAUGUUUAUGGGUUAAAACAAUGCCAUGCAAACACGAACCAACCAGAUCCAACCUCAGAAGCAAGCAGCGGACUGAGUACCUUUUAAACGCCAGACGGCGAAGGAAUAUGCCCUGCCCCGGACGCCAGACGGUUAUUUAAGCGUAAUUGAACUUUACGAAGUCCCGCGUAAGUCCCCAUUGCAUUGGCGAAGCUGUCGGCUGUGGCCGUCGUUGGCGUGACUCUAAUGACGGCCUCGGCUGACUGUGGUGGUGAAAAGUUGAAAAGGGAGCUGCUUUCUUCUGAUAUGGUCCAUUCAAGAAGCCGAAAAGUAAUAAUGGCUUAACUCAUUUAGACCCAAUUAGUACAAGUGAAUAUAAUAAAAAAAACAUGUAAUUAUCAAACUCGAUCACAACAUUUCAAGAGAAUCGGUUGAGAAAUGCAAACAGCCGUACAGAAAUACGAUAAGCAUUUUUACCCAAGCUGGAACGGGGACUUCGCGUUCGCUCAACUAUAUGCUGAUAACAUUAAUUCGUAUAUAGAUUAUAAUUUUUAGGUUGAAUGACCCUCGAUGUAUCUAUUUUAUAAUUAUGUUCCAAGUUUAAUGGUUUUCACUGUAUGAUAUCCUCACGUUAAAAUUAUAGUUUAUAAUUAUUAUAACGGAGUCACGGCUCCAUAGGAGUGACAUUAUGAAAUAUAAGAACGUUGCAAUAAAAUUGUAAAUUGAAUAGUA